ACGUUGGUUUAAGGGGUAGGCUAGCACUGAUUCGCCUUCUGCGGGCGGGCUGCUGAUUGGACAGCGAUCUAUAACCCGCUGCAGCGCACCACCUCGCAACCAUUCGACCGCUGCUUCACUACGCCGUCCAUUCGCACUGUGAUCUGAAGAAAACUGGCAGGAUUUCACCAGUGCAGAUGAUCUGACCGAAAAGAUUUGCAUACAGCCUAAAAGUGAGAUCUGGGAAGAAAACAAACACCCCUCAUAUGAAAAGAGUACAUCUCGGCUUUCUGUGACCUACAGACAAAGAGACGUUCUGCAGCACCUGAACUGAGGGACAUCUCUGUCCACUCCACCCUAUCUAUAUAUAUAUGUAUAUAUAUAUUAAUGAUGUCGGAACAGACGUAAUACAGUGAUAACCCACAGCAAUAGUGAUAGGUCAAUCACUGGAAAGUUGAUGCAAAUCUCAGCACAUUUGAAAGAGUGUAGAAGCUUCUAGAAACAUCUAGAACAGCGGUUCUCAACUAUUUUGACUCAAAAGCCCCUCAUUGUCCAACACAGUUUUCAGUGCCUAAUGUAGGAUAUUUUGGCUAGUAUUUCUGCUAUAAUUAUGACAAAGAUUGCUUGUUUUUAAUCUUUUUAUAAACAUAAAUUGGGAAACUAGCAGAAAUAGUAAUAGACAGGGAAAAAAAUAAAUAUGAUUUCUUCAUUUUAUGUAUUUCAAGCAUUUUAAUAAAGUUUUAAGUUGUUAAUAAUAUGAUUAAUAUCAGUUAAAUAAAUAAUCAUAUAUUAAACUGAAUAAUUUUAAGUCAUCGUGCUGCCCCCUUUUUUUUCUCAGAAGUUUUCUGAGGGCCCUAGUGGGUCUCAUGCCCUGGUUGAAAACCACUGAUCUAGAAUGCGAAUAUGAUUAAAGAGAAAGCCUUCUUAGUCCUUUUUCUGUAACUGCAUAUGAAAGAGGACAUUUCCAUUUAAAUAAGGUAUGAUUGGUGGCAUUCGAUCCAUGAGGGAAAUGCUGAGUAAUGUUUAUGUUUCUAGAAAGAAUGCUACUAAACAAAACUAAACCAGCACUGACAUCGAAAGAUGGAUGGUUUUUGCUCAGUUGAGUGAUGUAUUCCAAAUAACUACACGUGAUUGGCCCUGUGGGCUGAACAUGUGUGAUUGAUAGGUGAUCCGGCCACUGACGAGAUGCCAUCCAAGGUGUCAUGCUUGUAUUUGCUGACUGUGGUUUGCUGGGCCAGUGCACUGUGGUAUCUCAGUGGCUCUCGGCCCUCAACCACCUAUGUGGGUCAGAUGAACUUCACUCCCCGCAAAUCGCUUCCGAGGCUCUCAAAGAACGACACGUUCAGCAAUAUCCGAACACGUACUCUGAACCCACACAAUUUCAAGUUCCUCAUAAACGAGCCCAACAAAUGCGAAAGCACAACGCCCUUUCUUGUCCUCCUGAUAAGCACCAACCACAAGGAGUUUGACGCCCGCCAGGCGAUCCGGGAGACGUGGGGAGAUGAGAACAUGUUCGGCGACGUUCGAAUUUUGACGCUGUUCCUUCUUGGGUACAGCACUGAACCUGUCCUCAACCAGAUGGUAGAACAAGAGAGCCAGAUCUUCCAUGACAUCCUAGUCGAGGACUUUGUGGAUUCCUACCACAAUUUGACCCUUAAGACUAUCAUGGGCAUGCGAUGGGUGACCUCGUUCUGCCCAAAUGCACAAUACGUCAUGAAAACAGACAGUGAUAUAUUUGUCAAUAUGGACAAUUUAGUGUUUAACCUUCUGAGACCCAACUCCAAACCAAGGCGACGCUUUUUCACAGGUCACGUGAUAAACGGAGGACCCAUACGUGACGUUCACAGCAAGUGGUUCAUGUCCAGAGAGCUCUACCCUGAUAGCAGGUACCCACCCUUUUGCUCUGGCACUGGAUAUGUCUUCUCUGGAGACAUUGCAGAGCUGAUUUAUAAGACCUCCCUCCAUACACGACUCCUACAUCUGGAGGAUGUGUACGUGGGACUGUGCCUGCGGAAACUAGGCAUUCACCCUUUCCAGAACAGUGGAUUCAAUCACUGGAAAAUGUCCUACAGUCUCUGCCGCUACCGAAAAGUGUUAACUGUACAUCAGAUCUCACCAGAGGAGAUACUAAGAAUAUGGAACGAUAUGUCCAAUAAGAAACAUCUCAAAUGCUAGCAAAUGUGAGACGGAUGCGGAAUAAUGUGAAAUUGAAAACGUACAGGACUGUUUGUGACCCUCCAGAUCUGAGAUACAGCAAUACAGUUCAUAUACUUGCAACACAGACCACACUCAUUAAGUCAGUGUCAGUCUGUAGAGCAAUAUGCGCUGGAUUCACAAGGUAUUAGCAAAUGGUUAUAAUGGUUUUAAACUGGUGUUUUUGGCCUUACAUACUUAACAUUAUUCAUAUACCAGGCCGCUGUGAAUUGCUUUAUAUUAAUAAUACCAACUUUCAAAUGAACACAGUAUUAUAUGAGAAAUAGCAAUGCAGUAUUUACAGUACUAUCCCAAACGUCUGCCAUAAACAUACAUUUAUUCUGUAUAUUGCUCUUAAAAUGAAUAAUAACUAGAUUACCCAUGAUGAUGCAUAUUUAUGUGUAUUUCAAGCCUUUGCAAAGCGGUUGAGCUCAGUUUUAUAACUGUGGGUCGGAAGAAGAUUGUGCUUUUUUCAGGUUACAAUUAAAUAAUGAAUGCAAAAAUAGAUGGUAUACAGAUACACACACACACACUUUAAUUCUGCAUGCAGUACUCACAUUUUUUUUUAUUAUUUAAAUUGUAUAUUUUAUUAUAUUAUUUUUU